CCCAUAUUCUUUGCCACCAUUAUCGUUUCUACUGGUACUACAUCAAGGAAUGUACGGCAAAGAGAAAUCACAAGAUGCAAAUACAGAUCAAAACACAGAUCCCGGUUUCAUAACAUUUUUUGGGAAGUUGCCAGAAAAGUCGCCAGAGACCGGGACACUGCGACUCUUCCACCGAUAUCAGGGCUCGGAUUCAUGGUAUGCCGUUUAUGGCCCAGACGCACUCUAUGUCGCGCAACACAUCUACCAUACGAAUUCUGUCAUCAAAUAUCUUGGAUUUGGAGGAAGAGAUGCAGGGCUGCCAUCCGUGACACUGAAGACGAGUAUGGCGCAACAACUGUUAAGGGAGGCGUUGACUAUCAAACAAUUGCGGGUAGAAAUUUGGGAGCCUGAGUCGGGUCAAGGGAAAAAGGUCAAUAAGUUCAAGUUGGAGAAAGAGGCUUCUCCGGGGAACCUACAAGCAGUAGAAGAUAUGCUUUUCAGCCACUCUGAUCUCACGACGACGCCUGUUGUCAUAGCUAUCAAAAUCUCGUCGACUCCAGCUGCGGCAGGGAAGGCUAAACAGAAGACCAUUGGAAUAGCGUUCGCCGAUACCAGCGUAAGAGAACUUGGAGUUUCCGACUUUGUGGAUAACGAUUUGUUCUCGAAUACUGAAUCAGUUGUAAUUCAACUAUCCGUAAAAGAGGCCAUUAUACCAACGGGAACAACGGCUGGAACAUCGGAACGUGAUAUUGAGUUGCACAAACUAAAAGGUGUUUUGGAGCGUUGUGGAGUUAUCAUAACAGAACGAAAGCCAAGUGAAUUCACCAAUAAGAGCAUCAUCGACGAUUUGCCUCGUCUUCUUGUCUCCUCAGAAGUUUCCGAACUCUCCUCAGCAGAUGCAUCCGUUAUCAUACCGCAGCUCUCACUUCCGACUGCUCCAGCUGCAUUGUCAGCUUUGGUAAAUUAUCUGUCGCUCCUUUCUGACCCAUCCAACCACAACGCGUUCAGAAUACGAACGCACGAUCUGUCGCAGUACAUGCGCCUUGAUGCCAGUGCCCUUCGUGCUCUGAACCUUACAGAAGCGCCAGGGAAUUCUGGAACAACAACGCGUAAUACUACCCUCUUGGGUCUUCUGAACAAAUGUAAAACUUCUCAAGGAACCAGACUACUUGGGACGUGGCUAAAGCAGCCACUGGUCAAUUUGCACGAAAUACAUAAACGUCAUAAUCUGGUUGAAGUCUUCGUCAUGGAGACUAAUACACGCCGAACCCUUCAGGACGAUUUCAUGAAGUUAAUGCCCGAUCUCCAUCGGCUUUCGAAACGCUUUCAGAAGGGACAUGCGUCCCUGGAGGAUGUUGUCCGAGUUUACCAAGUCGUUCUCAAGCUCCCUGGAAUAGUUGAAGCGCUUGAAUCGCUCCAAACUGAACAGAGCGAGUAUGCAGACCUCAUCAAUGAAGUCUAUCUCGAGUCUCUGAAGCAACACGAAGAGAGUCUUUCAAAGUACUCCGAGAUGGUGGAACAGACACUUGAUCUGGACGAAGUUGACAGGCACAACUACGUUAUCAAGCCAGAUUUCGAUCCUAGAUUGCAACAAUUGUCUAAGAAGAUCUCCGAGGCACGGGACGGACUCGACGCGGAACAUCAAGCAGCAGCGGAAGACCUUAAUCUCGAUAUCGUCAAGAAAUUGCAUCUAGAGAAUAGUCAGACAUACGGGUAUUGUUUCCGUGUGACAAAGAAUGAUGCUCGAGGAUUGUCAAAGUCGUAUAUCGAGCUCGGGACCAUCAAGAGCGGCGUUUUCUUCACUACCAGAAAACUCAAACAGUAUGCGAACAAUUAUAAGGAGUACUCAGAUCAAUAUGCAAGGACGCAAAGCGGCUUGGUGAAGGAAGUUGUCAAUAUUGCGUCGACAUAUACUUCAGUUUUAGAAGCACUUGACUAUGUCAUAGCUCAUUUGGAUGUGAUUCUUAGCUUCGCCCACGUUUCUGUUAAUGCCCCGACACCAUAUGUUAAGCCAAAGAUGACCAUGAGUGGUACCGGAGAUCUGAUUCUUCAAGAGGCCAGGCACCCCUGUUUGGAGGUGCAAGAAGAUGUUUCCUUCAUCCCUAAUGAUGUUGAGAUGAUCAAGGAUAAGACAGAGUUCCAAAUCAUCACUGGUCCAAACAUGGGUGGGAAAUCAACAUAUAUCCGCCAAAUUGGCGUUAUCGCCUUAAUGGCGCAAGCAGGGUGUUUCGUUCCCUGUAUUGAGGCACAAAUACCGAUAUUCGAUUCUAUAUUGUGUCGUGUCGGGGCUGGAGAUAGCCAGUUGAAAGGGGUGUCUACAUUCAUGGCUGAAAUGCUUGAGACUGCCACCAUUCUACGAUCUGCUACGAAAGAUUCGUUGAUCAUUAUUGACGAACUGGGUAGAGGAACAUCCACCUAUGAUGGCUUCGGGUUAGCUUGGGCAAUCUCGGAGCAUAUCGCCUCGAAAAUUCACGCGUUUUGUUUAUUCGCAACCCAUUUUCAUGAAUUGACAGCGUUGGACCAGCAAAUUCCCCACGUCAAAAAUCUACAUGUAGUCGCUCACGUCGGCGAAAAAACAUCAGCGGAUGAGAAGCAGGAUAUAACGUUGCUGUACAAAGUGGAACCCGGGAUAUGUGAUCAGAGUUUCGGGAUACACGUUGCGGAAAUGGCAAAAUUUCCAGAAGCUGUUAUCAAGCUUGCGCGUCAGAAAGCUAGGGAAUUAGAAGAUUUUGGUGGCGAUGGCAAACAUAUGGAGGAAGAUAUACCUGUUGAAGUGACCAAUGAAGGUAUCGAAAUUGUUCAACACCUGUUUCGUUCUUGGGCCGGAAAGAAAGCGGUGGACGAUGAUGAUGAUGUAGUUAUGAUAGAUGACGAUGUUGACGUUGAGAAAGAGCUUGAAAGGCUUAGAAGUUGUGUGCAGGAGUUGAGACCGAGGAUAGAAGGAAAUCCAUGGUUGCAAAAGAUGCUCCUUGAAUUGUAAUCGUCACAAUUCCCCCACCGCUUGCUGGAACUUCGCAUGGUAUCUUGGACUGCGUCUGUAACAUACGUGAAUAGCACUGUAUUUUUAGAGACAACCAUAGUACUAAAGUACUACUGUACAUAGCAUAUUAGAUUUCAGAUCUUACUUGUGCGGAGUAUCAUCUGGUGGAAUGUUGCUACAGUUUUGACCGA